AUGGGCCCCUCGUUGACCAGUGUGUUGCCCCCGGACUUGCCCUACCGCCAACCAUUCAUGAUACAAGUCGGCGGCUACGUCCGUGAUGGGGCACGCGAGAGCGAACAGCGACAAAUGCUGCGCUUUGAGUCAACCGCUGCCUUGGCCGAUAUCUGGGGCGAGCGCAACGACCCGGAAGCAUUGCAGCAGGAACGUGCUGAGUGGCAGAGGGAGCAGAAGCUACGCAUAGCGAGUUGGGAGACGCGUCUGGAAGAGACCACGACCGAGUUGUCAGAGCGGAUGGAGGAGCAAAGACGAGAUCUGGCCGUGCUUCGACGUCUCUGGGCCGAUCUGAGUGUUCUCUUGGGGACUGAAUCCCCCGCCCUCGACACUGUCAGCGCAAUGGCUGAGGCCCUGGCUCUCGAGCUCCGACGCGGGAGACUUCGCCUUCGUUGGCUCGAGAAAAAAGGAGGAGAACAACUUCGCUUUACGGGAUACGAUUGAGAACCUCUUGGAACCAGGCGAAUAUGGAGUGCUGGCACAGGUCGGCUACAUCUGGCGAGAGCGAAGAGGAGACGUGAAUGCCAUGAGAAUGGUGCUCCGUGCCAGAGGGACCUGGACGAGUAGCCUUGGAGUGUCACAGAGGAACUUUAGCAAUCUACGAAGGCUACAAGACGAUGUGGACAAUUAGAUCAAAACUGCCAGGGAAAAGUACAGUCUGGAUUUGGGUGCCAUCAGGCAACGAGCAAAGGAGCUCGUCAACAUACAAUUAAAGAACGAGAGCCAAGCAAUAGCUGAAAGAGCCCAGGAGAGGGCCAGAGACAUAUUCACGCGCCAACAGCCAGCAGCAGCAGCAGCAGCCCAACAACAGCCUGGUGAGCAACGAGCUGAUGGUCAACCAGACCUCGAUAUGGACGCUGAUAUUGACCAACAACUGGAAGUCGCUGCUCAAGAACUAGACGCCGAAGAAGAUCGGUAAGACUCUGAGCAAUCUAACACAGCAGAAGCAGAAGCACCAGCAGAACAUUAAUUCAAUGCCUUGUAUGAACUUAAUACUGAUUAAGCAGUCUUGUUCCUCAAGACGACAUCCAGGUAAUAUCAGGCAUAGAUAAUGAGGUUAAGGUAAGCAACUACUUUCAUUACAUUGAUAUUGAUUUGAUUUAGACCAUUCGCAGAUAUAUAUAUAUGCACACACCCGGUAGGUUCAUCUUAGACAGAAAUCAUACAAUUUUAUAGAAUAAUAAUUACUUUUGA